AUGCAGAAGUCGGAAGAACCAACUGCAACCGCUAGCUUAGUAACUAAGAAGAAAACUCGCAAAACAGAAAAAGCAGCAAAUGAUAAAUCUUCGGAUCAAAAUAUGGUAAACGAGGCGAACGCAGAAUAUAUGGAUGAUAAAGUUGAAGAAGAAGCCGGCGCUGGCCAAAAGCCUAAGGGACAUACUAGAUCAACUCGUUCAUCAAGUUCAGCCAACAACAAGCGUAAGUCCGAAGAACUAAUUACAAGUAGCGGAGGAUUAGUAAUUAAAAAGAAACCUCGUAGAAUUAAUAAAUCUUCGGAUCCAAAUAAGGUGAACGCGGUGAACGCAGAAUAUGUGGCAAAGGAGGUUAAAGAAGAAGCCGACGCUGGGAAAAAAACCAAAGCAUAUACAAGAUCAACUCGUUCAUCAAAUUCGGCCAACAACAAGCGUAAGUCGGAAGAACUAAGUAAAAGUCGCACUACUUCAGUAACUAACAAAAAAACUCGUAAAGAUAAAGAAAUAGCUAAAUCUUCAGAACAAAAUAAGUUAUAUGGCUUUGACAAAGGCUUAGUUGCUGAAAAAAUUCUUGGUGCAUCGACCUCUAAUGGUUUACUUGAAUUCCUUAUUCAAUUUAGAGGAGUUCAGCAGCCAGAAAUGAUUCCCGCAUCAGUGGUUAAUUUAAAAAUACCACAAAUGGUUAUUAAAUUUUAUGAGCAACACAUUGUGUUGUAUUCGGAUAACGAACCUAACUAA